AUGAUGGUGAAAUUGAUUUUCAAAAAUUUUGUACAAAAAAUAAUCAAAGAGGAAUAACAGGAGGCAUAGCACAAAAGAUUUCAAUUCUAGCUGAUUCAUUUAAUUCUCAAAGACCAUACUAUGAUUAUCAAUUAUAUUUUAAAAAAAGACCAUUAGAUGCAGAUUCAAAUUUUUAUUUACAAACAGAUCCAAAUGGAAAGAAACUGGAAACUGGUAUUGUAAGCAACAUAUUGGAUCUUAUUAAUGAAACUGGCAUUGAAAUUGAUGGCUUAUUAACUAAUCAUUCUGAGCGAAAAACAUCAGCACAACUAAUGCAAGAUAUAAAUGUAGAAGAACAAGUUAUUAUGAAUAUUACUGGACAUCUGUUGAUGCAAUACGAAAAUAUAAA